AUGUUUCGCUCGCCAAAGCCUGGCGAUUGGGCCGCUGAAGACGACGACGAUGCGUCACCACUGGCCACACCGAUGCUACCAUCUGUUACGGAAGCAACGCCAGAGUCUAGUGAAAGCUCUGUAUCACGGCAGGAUGCGCGAGAUUACGAGCGUAACAACAGUGGCGGACGCGUUGAUCGAAGCAGAGGGCGUUUUGAUCGAGACAGAGAUCAUGGAGGACGCUUUGAACGGGGAAAAGACGGUGGAGGGCGCUUUGAACGGGGAAAAGACGGUGGAGGACGCUUUGAACGGGACAGGGACGGCGGAGGACGCUUUGAACGGGACAGGGACAGUGGAGGACGCUUUGAACGGGACAGAGACCCUGGCGGUGGAGGGGGACGAGCUGACGCAGGCAGAUGGGGACACAAUGCCGACAGACGCGGAGACGUUAGUGACAGAAGAAGCAGUGGCCGAGAACUGCCUGUCGAGCAGGGCUUUGUGGUGUCUGUAAAGGAUAAUUUUGGGUUUGUUAGUUGCUUAGAGAAGGAGGGAGAUUUGUUCUUUCACAUGUCUGAGGCGCCCGUAAACAUCCAGCAGCAUGACGAGGUAGAGUUCCGAGUCAAGUACAACCAGCGGUCGGACAAGGAAAUAGCGUGCCAGUUGGUAGUGCUGCCCAAAGGAACUAUCAAGGUUGAAGAAGUGGCAGAUGAGCUACUCGAUGGCGUCGUGACCAAGAGUUUGCCCCGUGGAGGACAUGGGAACGGGCGAGGGUUUUUCAAUAAUCGCGAUGAUGACCGUCAUCAACACCGUGAUGAAUAUGGACUAAUUGAGGUUAAGAAGACGAAGGAGAGUGACGAUAGUGACGAUCUGAAGGAAGCAGCCCUUGAAGAGCAGCAACAAGACGAUGAAACGGGGAAGAAGCCGCUUGUUCGACGCGAGUUUGUGCGGUUUACCGGUGACAGCGUCGCUGUGUGUGAAACAAAGAGUGGCGACGAAGAUCAAGGACAAAACAGUCGAUCGAAGAGGAACCCCAUUCCACGCUUUGGUGACGAGGUGCGUUUUCGAAUUGCAAAGCACCGCAAGACAGGAGUAAAGCGUGCAGUGGAUAUGACGAUUACUCUCUCUGCGCGGGAUAAAAUCGAAAAGGAGAUUGAAGCCAAACUAGCUACAAUGAUGCGAGAGUUUGGCGUGGUGAAUCGCGUGAAGAAUGGUGGUGGAUUCAUUAAAUGCUGCGAUCGUCCUGUGAACAUUUACUUUCCAUUUCAUGAAGUUCGUGAGUCAGCGGAGGCCGAUGAGGACAAGAAGAACGAUGAAAAAGAUGGUGAGAAGGAAAGUGGUGGCAAUCUUGGCCGUAGUCGCCAAGGCAAGGAGCCACCUAUUCGUGAAGGUGAUGAGGUUUCUUUUUUUGUGUACGAGGACCAGGAAGACGAAUCUGCUUGCUCAAAACCGCGUUUGACAGCGCUCCGUGUGCAAAAACUUCCUGCUGGCACUGUUUCUUUUGAAGAAUUGAUGCGUGCUGAUGUCGAGGGUUUCGUGUCAAAGCUUCCGAAGGAAUCCCGGAGCGUUCUCGAGGUGAUUGGUUCGAUUACUGUUACGUCUGUCGACCCAUGUAAUGCUGAAUCAUCUGAAGAGGCGAUCGAUACUAUUGUCGAAACAGUGCUAGAAAGCGAAGGAAAAUUGCUCAAGAAAAAAGGUAGUAAGGGUGGUAAAGCUAAGAAGCAAAAAGUGGCCUUCCAGUUGUGUGACGUAGAAGACACAAGCUAUGUUCCUCACAUCGGGGAUGAGGUAAUGUUUGACGAAGUGCUGGACAAACGCACGGGUACUGUGAAAGCUGUGAAGGUCCGAGUGGUACAGCUGAACCCUAAGAACCGCGAGACUGGCAUCAUCAACGCUAUGAAAGAAGACUUUGGUUUUAUUAAGUGCGCAGAGAGAUCCGGCGACGCUUAUUUUCGUUUCUCUGAUGUCAUGGGCACGCAACGAAGCUUCAAUAAUGACACAGAAGUGGCAUUUGAUGUUAUGGUUGAUAGCAAAUCGGACCAUAUCCGUGCUUCUCGCCUUCAAAUCUUGCCCAGAGGAACUGUCAAGUGGGAGUAUGUUGCUGGUGAAGGCCUAGAGGGCACAAUCGUGGCAGUACCCAGCUCGCGGAGAGGUCGUGGUCGCGGGGAUGCAACGAAGCAGUUGCAAAAGUUUGUGUCGGGCAAGAUCCGCUUUGUUGCCCCGAGAAAGCAGCACUUGAUUGACUUCUUGCCAGACCUCAAGGAGAAGCUUGAUAGUGCUUUUAUUACGUCAGAAGACGUUGCCAAAGAAACGCAGAAGGUGGAGGAGGCUGAGGAGGACACGUCAGAGGAGACUGAGAGCAAAACGGAAAUUCGGAUCGCCUUUCCGAGCACUUUGUCUAAGUGUGAACGUGCUGCUUUGCACGAAUACAGUGACUGGCUUGGACUGAAGCACGCAAGCAGUGGAGCAGGCUUUCACCGGAAGCUUGAGAUUGUCGGGAGCAAAAAGGUUUCAGAGAAGACUUUGCAAGAGAAACUUGCAACGUCUGUGCCAGAGCUGACAGUGGAAUUCAAGGAAGAUGACGUAGACCAUGUGCGUUAUAACCCGCGAGUGGGAGACCGCGUUAGGUUUGAUCUUGUUGUAGUCAAGCGAACGAAGCGUUUCCGAUGUAAAUCAAUCUCGUGUCUGGCGGCAGCUGCCUCCACUACAACCAAGGUAGCUGUCGCAACGAGUGAUGUGGCUUAUGGCAAAGGAUUCAUUGCAUCUUUGAAACCAGAAGGAUUUGGCUUUAUCCAGCCUGCUGAAACAGCAAGUGGGUCAUUAGAAGAGAACUUGUUUUUUCACAUCAAUGAAAUUACGACAGGGCAGACUUUGACAGACCUGAAGGAAGGCACCGAGGUCCGAUACGCGAUUUUUGUUGACGAGAAGAAGAAAAAGAAACGUGCGACGGGCAUAAGUGUCUUGCCAGCCGGAACUAUCAAGAAUAUGAUGCCUAAAAGCGUGAAGGGUGUUGUCACAAAGGCAAGCUUUUUGCAUCGCCUGAAGAGUGGAGCAAAGGGUCGGUUUACGAAGGCGAACAACACCAAAACAAGUACUUCGGGACGUAUUAUGUUGGCAAGUGCUGGGAGUAAUGCUGAAGGCGAUACGGUUGAUGGCGAUGAUGACGCAGGCGGAAAUUGCGAUGACGAAGCUGAGGAAGCCGCGGAAAUAAUGCAUGAUAGUGGGGAGAUGAAAAGCGGGGACACAGAAACGGAAGAACUUUCUACUUCUGUAGAGACGAGAAAGAUAGAGACAAAGGGUCUGGAGCAGAAGGCGUCGGGCAAACAGUUUUAUCUGUACAAUAUUCGUGACAUUGCUGACCCUGCUAUUGUCCUCCGCGAAGGAGACGAAGUAGAGUUCGUUCCUCAGGUGACAUCGAAGAGCCGUCGUGCUGUUCACAUUCGACUCGUUACUUCGCAUGCAAAGCAAGGAAUCGUCACGCGCAUCAGAGAAGACCUUGGUGGUGUGAUUCGCUUAGACAAUGAGGAGCCAGUCGUUGAGGCCCGUUUUACUGCGCAAGGGGUGCUGCGCGGUGAUGUCCUGAGCGAGGGUGAUCGUGUCGAGUUUGUCUAUAGACCACCUUCUGUUUCUUCCAUCAAGAACAUUCUUCCAAAGAGUAAUAAAUCAGGAGAGAAGAAAGUAAUGUCCAAGGAUGUGAGCGAAGAAAACACCGAAGAAUGUGGAAAGUUUGCAGCGGAACCUGUCCUGGGUCAUGCUCUGAGCGUUCUCCGCCUCUCUUCGUCGUCCAAUUCGGCUACUACGUCCCAGCGGCGAGGCUCGCGCAUGGUAAAUUCGACGCUGAAAGAAGCAAUGCGCCAGGUUGGCGCUAAUGCUAUGGUGGCGUCUAAAAUGGCAAAGGGCCCUGAUGGAACGCGUGGUUUUGUUGAGGGUUGGGACUAUAGCUCUGUUGAGACAACGGAUGCAUCUGUCGAGAAGACCACCAUCGGACCAUCAAGUACGACAAUGACGACGACAAGAACAACGAGUUGUCAACGUAAGACGGAGCAGAGUGGGGCGUAA